GCUCCUCUCUCUCUCUCUCUCUCUGAUUAAACAGUGGAGGUUGGUGACCCGAUAUCUGCAGCGAUGUUGACGCUGAUGUCGUAGUCGCUUCCCUUCUGGUCAGAACCAGUCCCGAUCUACACGUUCUAACAUCCUAUCACACCUAUAGUCAUACCAUACAGAUUGUCCCCAAUAUAUAAUCAAUUGUUGUUGUGUGCUCUACUCUUCUCCAAACUCCAUGUAGGUCACACUAUGCCGCUCAUCCUUCCCUGCCUCACCACCAAAGAGAACUAAUGCUCUCAUACUUCCUGGAGUGGCCUCACGUGUCUCCCUCCCAGCCACCCGCAACUGACAGCGAGGGAGAGACGGAUGACCCACGGAGCCAAACCGACACAGACGGACCCGACUACAGACAAAUACUCUCUCCCACAGUGUUCGACACAUACAGUAUCUACUAUUACAAAAUCAAGGCUCUGAAUUUUCGGCUCGUGAGUGAUAAAUCAAAUGAUGAUGAUUUUUCGUCGUCCUUGCCUCAGCUCUUGUCGACCGUGUUGAGUCAGGCAAAGUAUGGCAUCGGUGGAGCUCCAGUCACAACUCUCUUCAGACUACUCUUUGCCUACUACCCUCCCUCACACCUCCAGUGGCAGCGAACUCUGCCAGUUGGUGACUGAACUGGUCAGGACACAUCCAAAGUUCAUUCCACACAUGAUCGACUUCAUAUCUUCAAUAGAUAGCGCCUUCCCUGACAGUCCUGUUCCUCUGCAACUGCUGGCCGACUAUCUUCAUUUCGUCUCCUCUUCUCCCCUCCUCCCCAACCUCCCUCUCUUCCUCCUCUUCCUCCCACACGCUGCCAAACACCCCUCCAUUAACCCACUCGUUGUGAUCCAGUUUCUGACUCGUGUGGUGAGAGACAAGACAUUGUGUGAGGUUGGGGCUUGGAGCACCGGCUCCGCAAUUCUCAACAUUAUCAACACCAUCUUGAGGACACACCCCACAAACUCCAUUUUCAAAGGGCUGACUCACUUGCUUGAACUGGUCUCGACCAACUAUAACGACAUUGAUGUUCAGGACAGGGCACGAUUCUACCACCAACUCAUCAUGUCCGUCUCUGGAGACAAGUUGGCGGGGAUUCUGUCGCUGGCCUCCGAUGGCUCUGCCGGCUCCACACUCUCUGACAUUGUUGAAGCUCGAAUCGCAGACAACACAUUCCCCUCGGCUCCUCCAGUGCAGAUAAUCUCAGAACCUUUUCUCUCUCUCAAUAGGGUGAAUUCGUGUGAAGAAAGGUUCUACAAAGACGAGGCUGAUCGUUUAAGUGGGGAGGGAGCGGAAGAGGAAAAGGGCUCGUUCUGUCUUCAGUACUUCGUCCAAUUUGUGAAGUGUCCUGAAAGAGUAUCAAGUCAGAUAUUUGCAGUUGUCUUACGACUCUCUACUGAUGGUCCAUAUCACUCAUGUCCAGAUGUAUACAUACCAUGCCUGUCUUCAAAAGCAUCAGGAGCAGCUACCAAAUCAACUGAGAAAAUUGUGACGUUCACCUUUUUUCCAAAGCAGCCGGUGCCAGCCGUCUUUAGAGCACGGGUAAUUUUCACGACAGGAGAAGGCGUGACGUGUGUGUGCGAACUGGGAGAUGUUGAGGUAAAGUUUGAAGACCUCCUCCGGCCACUACCACAGUCCCUCAUACCACAACAGGUCUGUUACAAGCAGCUGUUUCUGCAGCUCUGGUCCAAACUAGAGUCUUCUCAGAACACAAUCAAGAGAGGGGGAGAGUUUAGUCUGUUGUCUACAGUUCACCUAGACAUCGGCUGGAAAGAGUGGGAGAAUGCGGCUGAGAGGUUGCAGCUGUUACUGGUACCCACUUCUAAUGGCGAAGAAGGAGCGUGUUACCUGGUGUUCCUGCCCCCUCGUUACCACCUGCUAAUGAGGGCUCGCCGUUCAAACGACCGGGAAGGGGGUGUGGACAUUUGGUUGGCAACGGACUAUUGGAGAAGUCUUGGUUUGGUAAAUGACUAUCUUCUACAGAUGUCUGGUAGAACUGGUACAAUUGAGGGCGUGGUCUAAUAGCUAAAACUUGUUCCUCUGGAGGUUUGAGUGUUUGCGGAAAUGGUUGAAAUCACAGAUUUUCUUAUGUGGUUGUUGACUAACAAAUAAUCAAGAGUACAAGUUAAAUUUUCAUAGAGGUAAAAGUAAACAGAACAGCAGCCUAAUAAAAUGAAGUUCUAUUUUAGUUUCAAAACUAAAAACUAGCAAUGUUUAGGGACUAUAUGAGCUUUAUCUAUCCGAUCCGGUCCAGCAACUCAUCUAGUACCAGGAUUACCAGCCGGUUGAUCUCUCUCGGGAUCCGGGAACGGAUUCCGUCAGAAAUCCUCCUUUUCGCUACGAUUCUGUGCAAAAGAAUUUCAAUCAAAACAUUGUGGAGAUGGGGGUCUCUAUAAUGGUGUACUAACCCAAGAAGCCUCCCAGUAAAGUCGACGCCGUAGCUGCCAUACUCAGUGGUGCACUCAGCAUUCU